AUGGAGAUGCAGAUGUUAAGGUGGACGAUAGGUGUAACGCUAAAAGAGAAAGUAUCCAACGACACUGUACGCUCCAUCUUCGGCGUCGUCCCGAUAACUGAGAAGAUGAAGGAGGCGCGACUGAGAUGGUUUGGUCACGUUUUGCGGCGAGAGGAAGAUUCGGUUGCCCAAAUCGCUCUGAAGCUCGACGUUUCAGGAGUGAGGCCGCGUAGGAGGCCAAAGAUUCGCUGGUUGGACCGUAUGAAGCUGGAUAUGAUAGAUGCACGUUUGUGUAACGGCUGA